GAAUUCAAGAAGAAGAAGCAAAGUAAGCGAUUUUGUUAAGACUCAAGGGUGGGCAGCAGAAAGUGAAGUGCAGAAGAAACAACGACUCCAAAGAGAGAGUGGCGAGGAGAGAAGAGAAGACAAGAUCUGCGAAAACAACAAGAAGAAGAAGAUGAGCGGCGCUGCCACUGUUUCUUCGAGCGAAGCCCACAAGUUGGUUUGGGAAGGCUCCGUCCCUCUUCUCAUUCAUCUCCAUGAUUCCGAAGUCACCACUCUCCCUCCUCCUCCACCCGCUCUCGUAUUGGCACCUCGGUUAGGGUACUUGCCAUUGUUGAUUUCUCAAUUGAAGCCUUAUUUCAGCACCACGCUUCCUCCUGGAGUUGAUACGCUUUGGUUUGAGUACAGAGGACUUCCUCUCAAAUGGUAUAUACCAACUGGAGUUCUUUUUGAUCUUCUAUGUGUGGAACCAGAAAGGCCGUGGAAUUUAACAGUACACUUUAGAGGAUAUCCUAGUAAUUUGUUGCUUCCUUGUGAAGGUGAAGACAGUGUAAAGUGGAGCUUUAUUAACUCACUAAAAGAGGCUGCAUAUGUAACAAAAGGGAACUGCAAGAAUGUCAUGAACAUGUCCCAAUCUGAUCAGGUGGAGCUCUGGCGCUCUGUGUUAAAUGGUAAUUUGGAAUCUUAUCAGCGGGUGUCAUCUAAGCUUAAGCUUGGAACUUUUGAAGAUGAAUAUACUGAAAAUAUUAGUGCAGUCUCAACUGCGUCUCAGCAAAAUAGUGGGGAGGCAGAUGCUGCUGCACAAGUGAAGAGUGGAAGAAUUCCUGUUCGGUUAUAUGUAUGGACUGUCACUGAGGACUUUGAUGAUUUAGAAAGUGCACCUCAAAUUGAUAAUUGGGACAAAAUCUCUUACAUCAAUCGACCUGUUGAGAUUCAGAAGGAAGAUGGCAAAUACUUCAGCUUAAAUGAUGCAAUCAAAUCCCUUCUUCCCGAGUAUUUUCCAGGAAGUUCCUUCGACAAUUUAGGAGAUGCAAGCACCAAGCAAAGUGUAGGAGAUGAGGGAGAAAAUACAUGUGAUCCUGACUCAUCUUCCCUUCCUCUCGAGAAUGCCGAAAUCAAGCUCGUGCGCAUUCAAGGCAUAGAACCAUGUUUGGAGAUACCCUUUUCUUGGGUAGUUAACAACUUAAUGAACCCUGAGUAUUUUCUUCACAUCUGUGUUUGCUUGAAAGUUUCAGAAGCCAAUGCCUUGCAAUAGGUUUUGAAUUUAGUUGUGCUAGGAAAUAUAAUUACUGGAAAAAUCAGAAAGUUACAAUUCUUUUGUACAUAAUUGUACAGAACCAAAUUAUAUUCAUUUCACAAUUCGUUUGGUUUUUUCUACUUGAAAGUGUAAUAUAUGUUAACAGAUAGUUCUUUUCCCUUUCCAAUCAAUGGUACUAGUCCCUGCAUAAGACUAUAUUCCAA